AUGUCUCUGUCCCCGUAUCGUUCCCAGAGGGGCUUCAGCACCCGUUCAGCCUGUUCUGCUGUCUCAGGGGGCCGUAGCAGGGGCAGUUUCAGCAGCAGGAGCCUCAGUUCUUUCAGGCAAUGCCAAAGAGGCUCUCAAGGAAGGACUUGGGGGUCACGGGGAAGGCUGGGAAUGUGGUCUGGGGAAGGGACUGGUGCGCCUGGGCUUUCCUUGUGCCCUCCAGGGGGUAUCCGAGAAGUGACCAUCAACCAGAAUCUGCUGACCCCUCUGAAGAUUGAGAUUGACUCACAGUUCCAAGUGGUGAAGACCCAGGAGACUCAGGAGAUCCGAACUCUCAAUAACCAGUUUGCUUCCUUCAUUGACAAGGUUCGGUUCCUAGAACAGCAAAACAAAGUCCUGGAGACCAAGUGGCACUUGCUGCAGCAACUGGAGAGGAGUGACAGUCCCCAGAACCUGGAGUCUAUCUUUGAGGCCCAUCUGGCUCAUCUCAGGGAUCAGCUGGAGCAGCUGCAGAGGGAACGAGGGACUUUGGAUACCGAGCUGACAGCCUGCCAGAAACAGGAAGAGGAGUACAAGGCCAAGUAUGACCUAGAGGCCCACAGGCAUGCCACGGUGGAGAAUGACUUUGCUGUCCUCAAAAAGGAAGCAGAUGGGGCUUUCUGGAGCAAGAUGGAGUUGGAAGGGAAACUGGAGGCUCUGAGAGAAUUCUUUUGCUUCUUGAGGCGCCUGUAUGAAGAGGAAAGGAAGCAGCUGCGGACACAGGUGGAUGACACAUCUGUAGUGGUGUCCAUGGACAACAACCGCUGUCCGGACUUCAGUGACAUCAUCGAUGAGGUCCGGGCCCGGUACGAGGAGAUUGCCUGCACCAGCAGGGCUGAGGCUGAGACCUUGUACCAGACCAAGUACCAGGAGCUUCAGUCAUCAGCCCAGUUUCAUGGGGACAGCAUGAAGGAAACCAAGAUCCAGAUCUCUCAGCUGCAGCAUGAGAUCCAGAAGCUGCAGAAUCAGAUUGCCAGCCUCAAGGACCAGAAUGCCAACAUGCAGUCAGCCAUCAGCGAUGCUGAGCAGCAUGGGGAGCUGGCCCUCACGGAUGCCAAAAGCAAGCUGGAUGAGCUUGAGGGUGCUCUGAGAAUGGCCAAGCAGGACAUGGCCAGGCUGCUCCGAGACUAUCAGGAGCUGAUGAGCACGAAGUUGUCCCUGGACGUGGAGAUCGCCAUGUAUCGCAGGCUGCUGGAGGGCGAGGAGUGCAGGAUGUCCGGGGAGUGCACCAGCCGGGUGGCCACCUCCACAGUGGGAGACAGUGGCAUUGUGUCUGGAGGUGUUGGUGGCAGCCGAGGGGGUGCUUGUGGAUUCAGAGGUGGGAAAGGCAGCUUUGGAUCCUGCUGCUCCAGCGUCGUGACUGGAGGCUUCAGCAGCACCCCGGGCUCUGGCCAAGGCCCUGCUUCAAGCUCUUGCUCUGUGUCUGGCUCUGGCUUCAGCUCUGGCUCUAGCUCCAGCCAGCACACCAUCCUGAAGAAGACAGUGGAGUCAAGUCUGAAGACGUCCAUCACCUACUGAGUGACCUGGUGCCCACUUCUUUCCUGAACCUUCCAGCCCUGCUCCUACUCUGUCCUUCAGCUCAUAACUAGC